UUUGAUUCGUAUUAUUUGAGUGUGGUUGAUGAAAGUGACUUUCAAACAGAAAAUAUCGAAGUUGACAGUCUAUUAAAGAAUUAUGAAAAGAAUUGUGGGGGUGAUCUGAAAUCUUUGUUUAAGAGAGUGGGGUCAGGUGCCCGAGAAGAGUAUGAAAAAUCAGAGAUAAGGGGAGAUAAGCAUUCACAUAAAUUCUUAAAAAGAUUGAAGAGAUGCCCUCAGCAAUGUAUAAGGUAUGAGUGGAAUGGAGAGCCGUUUUUUAUAACCAAGCCUUCUAAAGAUCAACAAAGGGAGCUAACUUGUCCGAACUGUAGAAGUCAAUGUGUUUUUGAACUACAAUUGAUGCCACCAUUAGUCAACUAUCUUCACAAUUCACAUGGUGAUAGUAGUGAAUUUGGAACUGUUAUAAUAUUUACGUGUAAAGAUAGUUGUUGGUCAUCAAACCAGAGACUAAUGGAAGAGACCAGUAUAGUCCAGUCUGAUCCUGAUAGUCAUCUAUUCAAA